AAUAGACGAUGAGGUCUGGGUUGUGACUACUGUAGAUUGCUCACUCAUUCCCACUUUCGAAUUCUUUGUCAAACUGCAACUCAAACUCAAACUGUAGAACCCAACAAUGGACGAGAAGAGUGACACAACUUGGCAACAAAGCGGUUCUGUUCAUCUCACAAAAUCGAUUCGUUGCAUCGUCAAACUCGGAGGUGCAGCAAUUACUUGCAAGAAUGAACUAGAGACCAUAAAUGAAGAGAAUCUCAAGACGGUGUCCUCGCAACUGAGGCAAUCAAUGAUUGCUGGAUCUUCUUCUGGAAAGGUUCUUGGGAUGGAUUGGAGCAGGAAAGCAGGAGAAUCAGAAGUUUUAUCCACUGUGGAUGGUUUUGAUGAUCAGCCAGUUCCAGAAUCGUGCCCUUUUAUAGUUGUUCAUGGAGCAGGUUCUUUUGGGCAUUUUCAAGCUAGUAAAUCUGGGGUUCAUAAAGGAGGAUGGAAUCGACCCCUGGUCAAGGCUGGUUUUGUUGCCACCCGCAUAUCUGUCACCAAUCUCAAUCUUGAAAUUGUUAGAGCCCUAGCCAGAGAGGGGAUUCCUUCAAUUGGAAUGUCUCCAUUUGCAUGUGGAUGGUCAACCCACGAAAGAAAUAUAGCCUCAGCUGAUUUGUCUGUGGUGGCCAAAGCUAUUGAUUCUGGUUUAGUACCUGUUCUGCAUGGUGAUGCUGUACUUGAUGACUUACUGGACUGCACCAUUUUGAGUGGAGAUGUCAUUAUUAGUCAUCUAGCAGCGCACCUGAAGCCUGACUACGUUGUUUUCCUUACAGAUGUUCCAGGGGUAUAUGAUCGCCCACCAUCAGAACCCGAUGCAGUACUGCUGAGAGAAAUUGCUGUGGCUGAAGAUGGGAGCUGGUCUGUGGUGAGGCCAACACUUCAGGACAUGAAUUAUCAAGUCAAAACAAGUGUAGCAGUUCAUGAUACUACUGGUGGAAUGAUGACCAAGAUUGCAGAAGCUGCAGUGAUUGCAAAGCUAGGAAUCAAUGUCUAUAUUGUGAAGGCAGCCACAAGCCAUGCAUUGAGGGCCUUGAGUGGUGAAUUGAAAGGCGAAAUUACUGAUGACUGGCUUGGAACAUUAAUCCGGUUUUCGAGUAAAUGACCAUUUGUUGCUAGAACAGUCCAGGCUUCAAAGAAAGACAAACUUCUGGUACUGAUUCCAUUGAACCUUAUUAUAUGAAUUGUUUCUUACAACUAGAAAACUUACCUUAUAUUUUGUAUCUAUGUUAGAGUUGGCAUCUAUGAUUAAGGAUCCACAUUAUACACUAAAUACACUAAUUCAGGGUUGAAUAUUUGGAAUGCUGGCCUGUCUAUCUGUAUUAUAGUUGACCUUGACUAGGUUUAGUAUUAACUACAUCUAUAUAUAAAUAUGGAUGAAGAAGCCGAAAAUUCCAACAUGUGAAAUAUAAAUAAAUAAAAUCCUCCUGUAAACUACGACCGCCGAACAUAAAAUAAAACAGA